AACAGUAUUAAUCAGUCUACGCAGACGAAGAUAUCCAGGAAUUCUUUCAGCAUUUAGUCUAUAUAGCAUAAUAUCCAACGUUGAUUUUAAUAUUUGUAAGAGUUUCUCACAUUCUCAGAAAAUAUCAGAAUUGGACAGAAACUCGUCGAGCCUCCGUUGUCGAUUUGAUCGUAACACGGCAAUAAAAUUGCAUUGUUUACGCUGCGCUGCGUUAUUCCAAUAAAUAAACGUUUGCAUAACGAUCGAUUUCUCGUGGCUCAAUUGCGUCAAAAUUCUCCUAUAAAUCUUCAUUGAAAUUAUCUGAUAUCUGCACGAUUAUAUAUUUUUAUAAAUGUAAUUCUUCGCAGCAAUAAUCGCUGGUCGCUGCUGUAACGUCAAAAAUCGCGCGAAUAAAUUCCUAACCUAUAAGUACUAUACGUUCACUCAGAACACGAGUUUAUCGGGGGUUUAUGCAUGUGUGACACAUACGUAUGCACCCCCAUACCCACGCAUACGAACAAAAGUUGGAUAUAUUUUCGGAUAUUGGAGAGAGAGGGAGAGAGCGAAGAGAAAAGAGAAAAGUUACAUACAUACGUCAAAUAAAAGCAAAUAAAGUGCCAAAACAAACAGAACUAGUCACUAGUGUAUCGAUCGAAAAGUCGAUCAUGGUUUUCUCGAAUACGGCAACUAACUGAUAAACGAAAACUCGUCGAGGUUAUCUUGUCUUCGUAGGUAGAGACACGCCAGUGUCUUCCUUCCAUUUCUUUCUUGAUUCCUUGCAAUUUUAAAAAUAUUUCGGGAUGGAUGUCCAACCGUGUGUAACCCUAGUCCAAAUGAAUUGAUGCAGAUUGAAGCAACGUAAAGAUGGGCGGUAAUAUGUUCAGGAACGUAAUCUAAUCAUGGAGUACUUUAGCGAAAUAUUUUUGCUCGGAAUUGACACGAUUGUAUUCACCAUCUGUCUGAAACAGUAUAUUCAUUACAAAAAUGCGAUUAAGGCAAUCAAGAGCGUUGAGCUACACGACAUUGGCACCGAUUUGGAAAGUCUAUUGGAUAAGAGCCCGAAUAACAAGGUAGAUUACAUCGCUGUCAGAGGGAUCGUGAAACCAUUAGGAGAAUCAUUGCAAAGCGUUAAUAAAAAAGAUGUUACCGGAGUCAUACAGAAGCUUAGUGUCAGAGAACAUGUUGUCGCAAGAACGUCAGCUGGUUAUUGGUCUGACCAAGAACGAACGAUUCAUCAAGUGUAUCAUACGGUACCGUUUGUUUUGCAAAACAGAUGGCACUCCAUAGAAAUAAUAGAUCCGUUGUCGGCCGAUAUUUUAGACUUGGACGUAAUCUCUGAUAAUUUUCAACCUAGUGUACCUACAAUCAUAGAUCACGUAUGGGAAUUUUUUACAGGCGUACGUCAACGUGGUAUACAGUCUACGGAAAAAAUGUUGCGUAAAGAUUCAAUUAUUACAGCAAUAGGUGAGCUCUCGAGGUCGAAAACCGAAUCCAAUUAUCUUACUUUGCAACCUCCAUUAAAUGGACCUCCUUUUUACAUAACAAGCAUGUCAAUUACCUCAUUGAUACGGAAAUUGGAUGAUCGUAAAAAAAUAUACAGGAUAUUUUGUUUGAUGAGUGGUGCAAUUGGAUUGGUACUCGGAGGAAUUAUGGCAAGACGCUAUUGGAAGAAUAAACAGGAGCAAAGGUUGGCAGAUCAGUUGCGUCAAUCGCUCGAAACAUCUCGUCAAGAAAGACGUCAAAGGGUCAGGGAUAGAGAUCUUAGGGAAGAUCAAAUAUGUGUAGUUUGCAAGACGAACGCACGUGAAAUUAUUUUACUACCUUGUGGCCAUGUAUGCAUAUGCGAAGAUUGCUCAGUUAGCAUCAAUAAUAAUUGUCCCAUUUGCAGAACACAAAUCCUUCAGAAAGCAGCGGCAUAUAUAAUAUAAAUUUCAUUUUGAUAUGAAUACAUGUUUUAUAUAGCAAGAAUAUUUUUAUUGUACUAGAAAAAGUGUGAAAACAAUUGAUUAAAAUGAUACUAUCCCGUAUGA